UCCUUUUCCACUUUUCGCUCGGACGCACCCCUAUCGAGAUAUGGGGGUGAAAAAAACGGCCAAUGGGGCGCGAGCAUUGCGCGGGUCUACGUCCGUGUGCCGCGGGUAAGCGGUGUGCGUGCUUCCCCUUCUCCACGGACGGACGUUCCAUUCCGCUAGUGAGAGGAAGAGAGAGGGGAAAGAUAUUUCUCUCUCACUCAUUGCCAAUUUCAAGACAAUCCUUUGGGGGGGUGGGAUGCUCGGAUGCUUAUAAAAGAGUAAGAAAACACAGAUUUCUGAGGAAAAUGGAGAAGCAGGAUAACAGUAUUGAUAACGAAUGUGGAAAUGUAGACUUUGCGGAUAAAUUAACUAAUAAAUGUGAUCGGGUAAAUAGUGAAGUUGACAGUGACAUUGAAGAUUCACCGGCACCAAGUGACAGUGAAUUAAGUGUCGAUAAAGUGCAAUUUAGAGAAUAUGUCGGGAGUGAGAGUGCAACUUCGUUAGUUGAUUGUAAUGAAGGAGAGCCAAGAGCUGGAUGGUCCUUUGAAGCUCCAAAAAUGAUGAAUAAUUCGUUCACUUUAAUAAUGCUAUCCAGAUUUCCAAAUCCAGUACUCAAGAGGAGGCUUCGAAUGGCGUGAUCGAGAUUACUGAUCCCUUAGAACUUGAAGUUUUCUAUCAUGGAAACAGUUCUCUUGCGAAUGAGACUAACCUCUUUGAAGAAAAAUCAUCACGGAAUAUUGCCGUAAAAAUUCGGAAACUGGUAACCGAUCACAUUGGUCAUAUUUAUUUACAAGUGAUCACUGAUAUCCUCACCAUUUUCACUUCAGAAGGGUAUAAAAAUUUACCCAAGACAGCAAGUCAAUUACUAGGAUUUAAUCAUCGAGUCGACUCAAAAUCAAUUAUCAGUUGUCCAUUCUGAAGACAUCAUAAAAAUUCUCGACCAUAUUACUGGAGCUGCAAUGUACCAUUCAUCCACUGAGCAACUGUGGCCGAUUUCAGCCAAAUUGUACCACAAAGAUUAUGAUUGUACUCCAUUCGUCGUUG